GAUACAUGCUAUAACACGGAUGAAACUCAAAAACAUGAUGGUCAGUGAAAGAAGCUAGACACAAAUGGCGACAUAGUAUAUGAUUCCAUUUAUGUAAAAUGUCCAGAAUAGACAAAUCCAUACAAAACAGAAAGCAAUUUGGUUGUGGCCAAGGGCUGCGGGGAGGAGGAAAUGGGGAGGGAUUACUUAAUGGGUAAGAGGUUUCCUUUUGGGGUGAUGAAAAAGUUCUCAAACUAGAUAGAGGUGGUAGUUAACCUGGGUGUGUGCUAAAUGACACUGAAUGGUUAUUUUAAAAUGGUUAAUUUUGUUUUGUGAAUUUUACCUUAAUUUAAAAAAAAGAGGUGGGGAACUGAGGAAGGAGGCACUCCCUAGGUGUGAGGGAGGAGGAGCUGGGGGCUGGACUCCAGGGCCUGGGGGAGCAGGAGGAGGCUGGGCCCAAACACCCAAGUACCAGGAGAGAGGAAGCCAGAAAAUAGAGGGCUGCUGUGUGGAUAGAGCAGAAUUGGGUUCUAGUAGAGGAAGUCUUUGCUUUCCUGUGGAGAUGUCAUUGUCAAGGUUUCCCACCCACCCACGCCCUGUCUGUUGGGGAACUCCAGCCCAGCAGAGGAAGGGAGAGGGGAAGGCAAGUUGGGGGAAGGAGGCGGGGUCACUGGGGGCCCUACACCCAGCAACCUAAGGACAGAAAGUACACUCAGAAAGGAGAUGGACCUGCAGGCCUGGAUUCUGAGUCCCUGAAAAGGUGUUCCAGCUCGUUUGGACUUUGGAUCUGCGAAGCCCCGCCCCACAUCCCAGCUCUUCUUCCCUGAACCUCUCAUGCAGCCCCAGUCCUGGGACUGAGAGAGACAGAGAGACAGAGAGACGGACAGAGCCUGGCAUGUGGGGCUACCUGUCCAUGCUGCCUGCUUUCCUGGCCCUCUGGGCUGCCGCUAGCAUCUGGACAGUUUUUGCCAUUGCAGUGGCCAACAGGACUGUGAACCUCACGGAAGGCAUCCCAUAUAUCAGUCUCUGUGGAUCGUACCCGCCUCAGAGCUGCAUCUUCGGCCAGCUGCUCAACAUGGGAGCUGCUAUGGCCGCCUGGAUCUGCAUUCUCCGUUACCAUCAGCUCCGGGACUGGGGCGUCGGGAAGUGGUUUAACCAGCUGAUUCUGUGGUCGGGGCUCCUCUGUGCGCUGGGCACCUCCGUGGUGGGCAAUUUCCAGCAAAAGAACCAGCAGGCCACGCACCUGACGGGGGCCUUCUUCGCCUUUUUUGUGGGCCAUCUCUACUUCUGGCUGCAGCUCCUUCUGUCCUGGAGGAUGAAAAGCUUACCCCAGCCCGGGGCCCCCUGGAUCAGGCCACUCCGCCUGGUCCUCUGCAGCCUCUGCACCAUCCUUAUGGUGACCAUGGUCAUCCUCCACACCUGGCCGCUGCGGUCCGCCUCUGCUGCCUGUGAGUGGGCCGUUGCCAUGCUGCUCUUCACACUCUUUGGCCUCUUGGCUGUCGACUUCUCUGGCCUGGACAGCUGCACCCUGUGUCUCCAGCCGGGCCCCAGCCUCAGCCCUGGGCCACCAGCCUCCCCCAUCUCCCUGCAGACCCAGCCAGCCCAGGCGCCCUGACCCAGACCUUGCCCUCGCUGGCGGAGGCAAAAAAGGUCAAUCCCUGGAGCCCCCAAGAUGAACCACAGGAUGCAACUUCGGGGAUGAACCAUCAGAGAUGAACUUUCAAGAAUGUGCCAUCUAUGCCUCUCCUGGUACCUAGAGGGUGUACAUGUGUGGUGGGGCUGUAAACAACUGGUUGGCUGGCAUCUUUGUGCCCUUCUGUCCCUGCCGUCCAGCUCCACCCCUGCAAUCAGGGCCACCCAGGAAGUGAGAGGCCAAGGCCAGCCAGCCAUCCCUGAUCAAGGCUAUUUAUUAUUGUUAUUAAAUUUUUUUUUUUUUUUUUGGCCACCGGCGGAA